UGUUUUUUUUUUCAUGGUUUAAUUUCCUCGUAUAUGUACAACCUAGAAUUACGACAUUUUCACCUACAGGAAUGAUGGUUAUGAUUGUUAUUGUUGUUACAACAACAAUAACAACUACUAAUCCUACUACUUCAAAGCCCCUCCCAAGAGGAGGACAGCGGACGCCAGCCUCUUUGCAUCCACACGAUCACUCACUAUAUGAUCCUCCUGUGUGAAAUGGAGCUGAAUUAGGGGCCCUUCACUUUAUGGGCACUUAAGACUGAAUGCAGUGACCAGUGGUUUGUAUUAUGUGUGAGCGUUCACGGCUGGACUCACGGGUGAAAUGAUGUGGAGAUACACGAAUUUGUUAACGUUUCUGCUGGUCCUGUUUAAAGAUGCAGCUUCACAAAGCAAGAUAUUUGGCGAGACGGAGCCUGUUCGUAUGGUAUCAGAGGGCUCUGACUGCCGCUGUAAGUGCAUCAUGCGACCCCUGAGCAGGGAUGCUUGUAUGCGGCUGCGGAGUGGCAGUGUACGCGUGGAGGAUUUCUAUACAGUGGAAACAGUCAGUUCGGGGUCUGAUUGCAAGUGUUCCUGCACAGCGCCACCAUCUUCCCUGAACCCCUGUGAGAAUGAGUGGAAGAUGGAAAAGCUAAAGAAACAGGCACCUGAGUUAUUAAAGCUCCAAUCGAUGGUGGACCUCCUCGAGGGAACCCUUUACAGCAUGGAUCUGAUGAAAGUCCACUCAUACAUUAACAAGGUGGUGUCUCAGAUGAACACCCUUGAAGAGACAAUCAAGACAAACCUAACACGAGAGAAUGAAUUUGUCCGGGACAGCAUGACGAGCCUUACCAACCAGUUCAAGCGAUAUGAGAACUACUCCAAUAUUAUGAUGAGCAUCAAGAAAGAGAUCUCUGGUCUCAGUCUCCAGCUGCUUCAGAAAGACUCUUCUGAGACCAAAGUGCAGCAUAAUAAUGAUGAAAAGACCAAGAGCGCUAUAAAGCCACUCAACAAAAAGCCCCCUGCAUCAAAGUCCCCUCCCAAACCCAAAGAAAAAGUCAUCAAGCCCAAGAAGGAGGUCACUAAAUCUGUGAAACCACUGAAGCCUGAUCCUACAGGCAAAACCAAGGUGGUUGGCCACCAGCCAGGUGUGGUCAGGGGCAUUACUUACUACAAGGCUGCUAAGACUGAGGAGGAUGAGGUCAGAGGAGACAACCCAGCCAAAACAUACCCACGUCAUCAUGUCACCGAAACCCAGUCUGAGGAUGGCGGAGCUGAAAUGGUGCUUGAAACCAUGGAGGCUACAGUUGCACAGUCUACCGCACCCACUUCAUUUCCGACUAGUAUUACGCCUCCCACCACUAGGACUGCUGCACCAACCACUACCAUUGCACCAACCACUACGAUUGUCACCAGCCAAAGUACAGCAGCUGCAGAGAGGCCGGCUCCCACUAUUGUGCUACUGCUUGACAACAGCAACAACAACAGUCGACCCACUCUCCACAGAGCAGGGAAAAUCCUUCACUGCGAAGGGACUCUCGCAUCAAUCGAGCAGCCAGAGAAGCAACACAGUUAUGGCCGCAAUGAAGGAGCCUGGAUGAAGGAUCCACUGGCCAAAGACUCGAAGAUCUAUGUCACAAACUAUUACUAUGGAAACAAUCUGGUGGAGUUCCGCAACCUGGAGAACUUUAUACAAGGCCGCUGGAGCAACCUUUUCAAACUUCCUUACAAUUGGAUUGGCACAGGUCACGUGGUUUAUAAUGGAGCCUUCUACUACAAUAGAGCCUUCACAAAGAACAUUAUAAAAUAUGACCUGAAGAUGCGAUACGUGGCUGCCUGGACACUCUUGCACGAUGUAGUUUACGAGGACACCACCCCAUGGAAAUGGAGAGGUCACUCUGAUAUUGACUUUGCAGUGGAUGAAAGUGGAUUGUGGGUGAUCUAUCCUUCCAUGGACUAUGACUACAAUCAACAGGAAGUCAUCGUCAUUAGUAAACUUGAUCCUGCGGACCUGUCCUUGAAAAAGGAAACCACGUGGCGAACAGGUCUCAAGAGGAACUCUUAUGGCAAUUGUUUCAUCAUCUGUGGUGUCUUGUAUGCUGUCAAUGUGUACAACCAGAAGGAAGGGGAGGUGCGCUAUGCUUAUGACACCCACACCAACACAGAGGCCAUCCCACGUCUGAUCUUUACCAAUGAGUACUCAUUCACCACGCAAAUUGAUUAUAACCCCAAGGAGAAGGUUUUGUAUGCCUGGGACAAUGGCCAUCAGGUCACAUAUCAGCUAAACUUUGUUGACCAGUGAGAGCAGACACAAAUACAGUAAACUCACAGCAUUCCUGCUGUUAUAGACCAGACGUUUCUUUGUCCUAAGAAGACCACGGAUGUACCAUUUACCUCCAGUAUCAAUGCAUGUUAUUCAAACAGCUGACCUCACUGUGGACUGGACAGAAACUAUGUACAUAAUCUUACAGGUUGAGUUGAAGGUCAACAGGUAGAGCUGAUGUAGAUAUAUUAUAUGUUCAUUCAAGAAAUGUCAGCAGGCUGGCUAACUAUUUGUGUAGCUAAAGGACAGGUAGUGUGAAAAAACAAAUACACACAUUGGCAACAUUUUUGGGACCCUUCCGUGAAAGAAAGAAAAACCUAUAAUGGUCACUGACAUAACUUGAAAUUGGAAAAAUUAGUUAACUAGUGCAAAUUAGCCAUUGCUAUUGAACAGUCAACCAUCAUGGCUUUUCAGGCAAUCAAGGCAAUCAAUCAAUUUCCAAAAUUAUCAAUGAGAUGUUUGAGGUUGAAAGGGUGCCUUCUCCAUUUUUGAGUGUUUUCACCUGUGUGUUUUGGGUGUUUAUCCUGUUUGAGGAUCCAUGGCCUGUGCCUAAGACCAAGUUUCCUGACACUGGGAGGAUCAUUUCGCUCCAGAUUGCUUUGAUAGUUUUGAUUCAUUGUAGCCCACGCCGAUACAAGACUGGAGGCGGGAUUCAACAGUCUCAUCCAUGUUUCACAGUUGGUAUAGUUUUUUGUGCAUGUAAAAAUAGACAUUGUGACUGGCCAAAAAGCUCCAGUUUUGUUUAAUCUUUCUGAAAGACAUUUUAGAAACCUUGUGGCUUGUCUACAUGCAGUUUGGCAAGUUCCAGUCCCAUCAGUUUCAGAUUAAUUCAAUAACAAUUGUAGGUGUUUGUUUCUUUAUUAGAAGGGUGUCAACACAUUUGCCUAUGUCUCUAUUGAAUUUGUGACAUGAGCCACUUAAAGGGAAUUCCAGACUUGCAUUUUAUAGCAUAAAUAUCAUUUUCAUAGUUUCAACUCCCUCUAAACCUCUACAGCGCAGGGUGGAGAGUGAGAAGUGAAGAUGCAGAACUACCCACAGCUAAAAUAAUUAACUCAAAGCUUUCAUUUACAGUUUUAGCUCUAUAAAAACAGCUGUGCUUCAUGUAUAUUUUGCCAAAAUACUUACCAGAUGCUAAGCAUGCACUGAGAAAACAAACAUGAAACUUUUCCAUGAAUUUGAGCCAAAUCAAUUUUAAGAUGUACAAUGCCAGUCUAAUCAUAUGGUUACAUACCAAAAAAAUGUAAAUAUAUAUUUGCUUUUCAUGUAGAGAUAAUAAUGUUCUCAAAAUAAUCAAACAGACCUGCAAAAACACCUGAAACCCUUGUAAUAUGCAUGCCAGUGCAAAAUUUGAUGCUGUUAUUUGUUACAGAAACCUGCAUGUGCACCAAGGUGUUGUUCUUUGUUUGUUUCUUUCUUUCUUUCAUUCUUUCUUUCUUACACUUAGCAUAUGUAUGGGUGUAAAAUUUGACAAUGUGACUCAAUUGUGCUGGAGAAGCAUAAUAAGCACAAAUAAUACAACUGCUCUGUUGUCCACCAUUCUUGAAUACUUGACAUGCAUGCGUUAUUAUAUAAAACAGAAAAGAUGUCUUAAAUGUUCCAAUUGUAGACACUUUCAGAUUUGGAAUGUUUUCAGACUCCAUGAUACUGUAUAGUCUUAGCUUUUGGUUGUAGUCAGUUAAAAAACAUUUUCAAUCAGAGAUUUGUUUUUAAACAGUACCAAUCAAAAAGUGAAAGUCAACAGCUGGGUCAGCAUAAUACUGUAAGGUCCAUUCAGGUCAAUUUAGAGAAGAGGUGUAGCCAGAAUCUAUUUAGAGGAAUUCAAUUUCUGUCUGCUGUUUGUCUGGCCAACUAGCCGCUCGAGUAUGUAGCAAUGUUCUGAAGUUGCAGCUGUGUUUCUAAGCUUCCUUUGAAUGGACCGCCAACAUUUCACAAAGCCAAAGCUGCUUGCUUCGAUCCCUGCCAUUUAACUCAAUCAAUAAGAUUAUUUUUGCUUUCAUAUUACUUCUACAGCUGAGAAAUGCUUGCAAAACUUAACAAUUGACUUUUAUCUUUAAGUCCAUCCGAUUACCAUUACUUUGUUCAUAAUUCUGUUGCAUUUAUUAUACAGUAAUUCCGCUCCACGAUGCUUUCUGUGUUUUAACAUUUGAUGUGGUUAGAGGCAUGUGUUGGAUAUAAAAUUAACAAAAACAAAAAUGAGCAUGUACACAUUUCUAAGAGUGGGGAUUUGUUAUUGUGCUUUUCUAGUAUCUGAUUUCAUAUGAUUAUUACUAUCAACUGUUAUUCUCAUUUCUGUGGAACAUUUAGUAUACUGUAGAAGUUUUUCCAGCUUUGCUGAUAGCAUUAUAUCAUUGCAUUAUACAGACAUAAGUUGUCUUCUCUUGUCUUAUAAAGCACCAAUAACCUUCAAGUAACCAUUGUUCAUGAUGGACAGUACUGCUAUCUAACAAGUUACUCUGUGCCCUUCUCCACAUUCUACUGGCUUGUACCAUGUAACAUGGCCUGCAGGAUCAGGAAAAAAAGAAGCUUUCUGAGUUUUUUUCAAUGUCCCCUUUUGUCUUCAUCUGCUGUAUAGAUUUACAUAUUGACUGAACAUCGAGCAGCUUUAUUAUACAAGUACUUUGUUCCCGUUCUGUUUCACCUGUUGCUUCUUCAGAGUUCAAAUUACUUUUAGAUGUAAUCUGAAAAGCAAUAGAUGACGAGUUGUGUAUAUGAAGCACAUCAUAUUCCACUAGGAUAGAUCCUGAAUUAUACACAUUGGACCUUUAAGGCUAUCAGACUAAUUCUAACAGCAUUGUAUGGUGUUAUUUCAGUAAUAUUUCAUUAUGUUGAUACAGGUUUACUCAUGACUAAUUACAGUAAAAGUUUGCAACAUGAUGCCUUCAUUAAUACAUGUCAUGAACCUGUUUCCAUGAAUAAAAAUUCUGUGACAAAAA